AUGAUGUGCAAAAAGAUAAUUUUGAAUGAAGUGAGUAAUGUAGUAAAAGACAUAUUGGAGGAAUUGAAUAAUGGAGUAAAAGACAAGUUAGAUGGGAUCAGUGAAUUGGGUGAAGAGAGUAAUGAGGAAGGGAUUACUGUUGUAAAACAAGAUUUUGUUGUUGAUGGGACCAAUGAGUUGAAUCAUGGAGUGGAUGAGGGACUUAAAUGUAAUCGGCAAGAAGAUGAAGAAGUGGAAAGACUAGAAUGUAACCCAGAGGAAGAUGUUGGAUUUGACUUCAAUGAGAUAGUGGAUAAGGGACUUGACUGCAACCAAGAAGAAAAUGAUAGACUUGGCUGUAACCAGGAGGAAGAUGUUGUCUUUGGCUUCUAUCAGAAAGUGGAUGAGGAACGUGACUGCAUCUAG